AUGGCCGAUCCAACUCCCAAGCUAUCUAGUGAAGUGGCCGACAUCAAGGCAAACGAUGUUGAGAAGCCCGGAGAUAUCACUGCGGGCCCGACAGAGCCCUUCGAAGUGGAAGAAGGACGGCUGGGCUGGUCUAGCACGUUGCUAAGAAAGAUCGACUUGCAUCUAAUACCGCUCAUGUGUCUGUCAUAUAUGAUCCAGUUCUUGGACAAACAGACCUUAAGCCAGGCAUCGUUGAUGGGUAUCAUCAAAGAUCUGCCUGUCCUCUUGGAAGCCCGUCGCAAAACUGACCUUGUCAUGCAGUGGCUUUUCCUCAUUUACGCAAUGAUAACAGUGCUAUGGGCAGUAGGCCUGGGGUAUCUACUCCCAGACAGCCCAUCCUCCGCUCGGUUCCUCACCGAAGAGGAGCGAACCCAAGCUGUGGAACGAGUCAAACUUAACCAGACGGGUACUAUCAAUCAUAAGAUCGAAUGGGAUCAAGUGUGGGAGGCUUUCUCUGACUACAAGAUCUGGCUCCUUGUCCUUUUUAACUUGUCCAACAACAUCCCCAACGGAGGUCUGACCACGUUCAGCAAUCUCGUCAUGGCCGGCUUCGGGUUCUCGACUUUACAGGUCUUCCUCCUGUCGAUUCCAACGGGCUGCAUUCACGCGUUCUUUGCCAUUGGAAGCCAGUACAAGUCCUAUUUUGCUCACACAAGCCGUAGUCUCAUGGGCUGCAUCAUCAUCUAUGCGAGCGAUGUCAAGGGUGCGAAGCUGUUCGGCCUCUUCAUCUUCCCCGCCUACGCUGCUGGAUUCCCGUUGUCUCUAUCAAUGGUCGCAUCCAACGUUGCCGGGUAUACAAAGAAGGCGACAGUCAACGCUAUGAUGUUCGUCGCGUACUGCGUUGGAAACAUUCUCGGCCCCUUUUUCUUCUUCAGCCGCGAGGCUCCAAGAUACCAGGUCGGUCUUGUUCUUCACUUUCACAAACCUCUCGAGUUUAACCCUAAGCUUGCCUCUGCACGACACUCCUUCGCAGACUACAGCUAA